AUGGAGGGAUCCGCCGCCGCGCCGCUCCGCACGCGCGUCUGCAUCAUCGGGAGCGGCCCCGCGGCGCACACGGCAGCCAUCUACGCGGCCCGCGCGGAGCUCAAGCCCGUGCUCUUCGAGGGCUGGAUGGCGAACGACAUCGCCGCGGGCGGGCAGCUCACCACCACCACCGACGUCGAGAACUUCCCGGGCUUCCCCAACGGCAUCAUGGGCGCCGACCUCAUGGACAACUGCCGCGCGCAGUCCCUGCGGUUUGGCACCAACAUCCUCUCCGAGACCGUCACCGCCGUCGACUUUUCGGCCUGCCCCUUCCGCGUCACUGCCGACUCCACAACCGUCCUCGCCGAUGCGGUCAUCGUUGCCACGGGCGCCGUCGCGCGGCGCCUCCACUUCCCCGGGUCCGAUGCAUACUGGAACCGCGGCAUCUCCGCCUGCGCCGUCUGCGACGGUGCCGCCCCCAUCUUCCGUAACAAGCCCAUCGCUGUCAUAGGCGGGGGCGACUCCGCUAUGGAGGAGGCCAACUUCCUCACCAAGUACGGCUCCCACGUCUACAUCAUCCACCGCCGGAAUACCUUCCGUGCUUCCAAGAUCAUGCAGGCCAGGGCUCUCGAGAACCCCAAAAUCAAGGUCGUCUGGGACUCGGAGGUUGUCGAGGCCUAUGGCGGCGCAGACGGCGGCCCAUUGGCUGGCGUCAAGGUCAAGAACCUGCUGAAUGGUGAGGUCUCGGAUCUUCAGGUGGCCGGCCUGUUCUUCGCCAUCGGGCACGAGCCGGCGACCAAAUUCCUGGGCGGGCAGCUCGAACUCGAUUCAGAUGGAUAUGUGGCAACCAAGCCAGGUUCCACUCACACCAGUGUCAAAGGGGUCUUUGCUGCUGGCGACGUGCAGGACAAGAAGUACCGCCAGGCCAUUACUGCCGCUGGAUCAGGUUUCACUCUACUUCUCUAUGAUAAUAUGAUUUUGUCUUUCAAAGUGAUUAAUGUUCAUACAUAUCAAUCAGGGGAGCUUCUAUUCCCCAGUGAGUUUCAGUAG